CAAAACUCUGGCCAAGGAGACAACAAGACCCGUCUGAAUUCUGGGACCAGUCUGGGAAUCCCCAAGGGUAGAAGAGGGAAAUAUAGCAAUAAAAGUUGAAGAACUAAAGGUCCAAACUUCAAGGUCACACAGCGGGGGGAAAAAACACAAUGGAUUUGGACUAAAAUGAUCAGAGGUGAUCUCCAAAUUUGAGAUGAGGCUGUCUUUGACAUCUUUGAUGGUGGGUUUUGCCUUGGCCCUGGUCUUCCUGGGUCCCUGCCCUGGCUUGACGGCCCCACUUGAUGGAUCAGAUGAUGAUCGUUUUGACCUGGGGAACUAUGACCUGAACAGUGUAACAGACUGGGACAACCUGGAACCCAACAUUUAUGGUGACAAUUAUGAUUAUGAGGACCAAGAGAUUGAAGUAGAGACUGUAGCAGCAGAUAUCAACCGAAUCGGCAGUCACCCAAAAGUUGACCACCAUGAGGAAAAAGUGACCCUGCCUACUUUGCCGCCAUUUCCUGUGACACUGGACUUCAGAGGAUCCGGCCUAUUUGGACCUGAGACUGGACUGGGAAUGCCUACCUGCCUUCUGUGUGUAUGUAUCGGAGGGAGUGUAUACUGUGACGACACAGGCCUGGAACAGAUACCACCCCUGCCCAAGGACACAAGCCAUUUUUAUGGACGUUUCAACAGCAUCCGACAUGUCAAGAACACUGACUUCAUAAACCUCAGUAGGCUUCAGUCUAUUGACCUCACUGGAAACCAGAUUUCUGAAAUGGAUGAAGAUGUAUUUCGCCCGCUACAGCAGCUCCAUGACUUGUUGUUAGCUGAGAACAACCUGCAGGCCUUGCCAGAACUUCCACUUACCUUGAAGCACAUUGAUCUACGAAACAACAGACUGAUCAGCCGAGGGAUCCAUUCAGAGUCCUUCAAGGAUAUGAGUCAGCUGGAAUUCCUCUACCUAUCUAAUAAUAAACUGGAUUACAUUCCAACACCGCUGCCAUUGAGUCUCAGAGUGUUACACCUGCAGGGCAACAACAUCCAGUCCCUGCAUGAAGACACCUUCUGCGACAGCCACGACCGUUACUUCAUUCGGCGCAACCUGGAGGACAUCCGUCUGGAUGGCAAUCCUUUGGACAUGAAUCUGUUUCCUCAGGCCUAUGUCUGCCUGCCACGCCUGCCUGUAGGAAGUCAUUGAUAUUUACCAUUAAAAAAGAAAAAAAAAACAACAUCACUUUCAUUUGUAUGUGAAAAUUGAUAAAGAGUGUUUGUAAGUCCUAAAUAUCAUAAUACAGUUGGCUGUGGAUGUAGUUGGUUAUUGAUAUUUGAGAUUGACUGAUGUGCCUCAUGGGUUUUUUCGGGUACUCCAGUUUUCUCCCACAUUCCAAAAACAUAAAGGUUAACUGGAGACUAAAUUGUCCAUAGGUGUGAAUGUGGGUGUGAAUGGUUGUUUGUCAGGCGACCAGUUCAAGGUGUACUCCGCCUCUCCCCAAAAUGAUCUGGGAUAGGCUCCAGCACAACCGCGACCCUCGUGAGGAUAAGCGGUACAGAGAAUAGAUGGAUGGAUAUCGACUGACUCUGUCUGUUGCAGCUGACAAUGUGCCAUGUGACCUUUAGAAGAACACCACUGUUUAUUCCUUGGUUAAUAGCCAUAAGAAACCCUUCAAGCAAUUAACUCUUGAUGUUAUACAAAUAAUAAUUAUCACUUAGCAGUUUUUCUCUUUUUUAAUUAUUAUUAUUUUUUUGAUCUAGUUGUAAAUCUGGCGGCAUGGUGGCCGACUGGUUAGAGCGUCAGCCUCACAGUUCUGAGGACCGGGGUUCAAUCCUCUUUCCCAUUCUUGCUUGAUGUACAACUUUAGUUAUUUAACAGUCUGGCCUCUCAAUUGUCGUAUUUUGCUCUUCAUAAUCCAAUACGCAUUUUCAAUGUGAGACAGGUCUGGACUGCUGGCAGGCCAGUCUAGUACUUGCACUCUUCUACUACAAAGCCACGCUGUUGUAACGUGCAGAAUGUGGCUUGGCAUUUUCUUUCUGAAUUAAGCAGGGACAUCCCUGAAAAAGACGUUGCUUCAAUGGCAGCAUAUUGUUAGCCUAAUAGUAUAAUUGGCUAAGUCAUUUUUAACUAAUUGUCAUGAUUUCAAUAAAAAAAUAACAGUUUUUUUUUUCUGAAAAAAAUUAUGUUUUUUCUAUAUGUUGGUUUAGAUUCUCAGUCAUCCAGGUCAUGAUAAACUGCAAAGGUUGAAUCGUGGCAACUGGACUCUUCUUGCUUGUUGAAUUAGUUGUGUUUAUUCUGGUUUCCCAAAAAUGUUCAAAAAAUUACUUGGGCAAUUAUUCUAUUAGGCUAAUGAUAUGUUGCUCCAAAACCUGUAUGUACCUUCCAGUAUUAAUGGUGCCUUCACAGAUGUGCAUGUUACCCAUGCCAUGGAUGCUAACACACCCCCAUACCAAAACAGAUGCUGAUUUUUGAACUGCAAAGUUAAAAAAGAAAAGUUGUUCUUCGACUGUUGGACUAUUUGCUCCCACAAUUGUUCACAAAGUGAUGAACCCCACCCCAUCAUUGCUUGUGAACAACUGAGCCUUUCGGGGAUGCUCCUUUUUCACCCAAUUAUGACACUUUUUGUUAUGUUUUACAUAAUGUCCCAACUUCAUUGGAAUUGGGGUUUGUAGUUAAGGUUAUCUUUUAAUCUGUUCCAUAUACACUGAACAAAAAUAUAAAUGCAGCACUUUUGUUUUUGCUCCCAUUUUUCGUGAGCUGGACUCCAAGAUCUAAAACUUUUUCUACAUACACAUUUCCCUCAAAUAUUGUUUACAAAUCUGUCAGGAAUGUCCACCAGAGCUGUUGCGAGUGAAUCAAAUGUUAAUUUCUCUACCAUAAGCCGUCUCCAAAGGCGUUUCAGACAAUUUGGCAGUACAUUCAGCCGGCCUCACAACCGCAGACCACGUGUAACCACACCAGCCCAGGACCUCCACAUCCAGCAUGUUCACCUCCAAGAUCGUCUGAGACCAGCCACCCGGACAGCUGCUGCAACAAUCGGUUUGCAUAAAGAAUUACUGCACAAACUCUCAGAAACUGUCUCAGGGAAGCUCACCUGCAUGCUCGUCGUCCUCAUCGGGGUCUCGACCUGACUGUAGUUCGUCGUCGUAACCAACUUGAGUGGGCGAAUGCUCACAUUCGAUGGCGUCUGGCACGUUGGAGAGGUGUUCUCUUCACGGAUGAAUCCCGGUAUUCACUGUUAAGGGCAGAAGGCAGAUAGUGUGUGUGGCGUCGUUUGGGCGGUGUGCUGAUGUCAACGUUGUGGAUCGAGUGGCCCAUGGUGGCGGUGGGGUUAUGGUAUCGGCAGGCGUAUGUUAUGGGCAACGAGCACAUGUGCAUUUUAUUGAUGGCAUUUUGAAUGCACAGAGAUACCGUGACAAGAUCCUGAGGCCCAUUGUUGUGCCAUUCAUCCACGACCAUCACCUCAUGUUGCAGCAUGAUAAUCCAGGGCCCCAUGUUGCAAGGAUCUGUACACAAUUCCUGGAAGCCGAAAACAUCCCAGUUCUUGCAUGGCCAGCAUACACCCCGGACAUGUCACCCAUUGAGCAUGUUUGGGAUGCUCUGGAUCGGCGGAUAAGACAGUGUGUUCCAGUUCCUGCCAACAUCCAGCAACUUCGCGCAGCCAUUGAAGAGGAGUGGACCAACAUUCCACAGGCCACAAUCAACAACCUGAUCAACUCUAUCCAAAGGAGAUAUGUUGCACUGCGUGAGGCAAAUGGUGGUCACACCAGAUACGGACUGGUUUUCUGACCCCCCCAGACCCCCACAAUAAAGCAAAACUGCACAUUUCAGAAUGGCCUUUUAUUGUGGCCACCCUAAGGCACACCUGUGCAAUAAUCAUGCUGUCUAAUCAGCAUCUUGAUAUGCCACACCCGUGAGGUGAGAUGGAUUAUCUCAACAAAGGAGAAAUGCUCACUAACACAGAUUUAGAAUCAAUAUUUGAACAAUAUUUGAACAAUAUUUGAGGGAAAUGGCCGUUUGUGUAUGAAGAAAAAAGGUUUAGAUCUUUGAGACCAGCUCAGGUAAAAUGGGAGCAAAAACAAAAGUGUUGCGUUUAUAUUUUUGUUCAGUUACUAGUUUAAAGUGGGAGCUUGUAUUUGAAGUGUAUUCAGUUGUGUAUACGUUGAAAAGGAUUUGCAAAUCAUUGUACUCUGUUUUCAUUACGUUUUACACAAUGUCCCAAAUUUAUGGGAAUUGGGAUUUGUAGUGAAGCUUAUCUUUUAAUCUGUUCCAAAUAUGUUACUAGUUUAAAGUGGCUGCAUCAUAUCUGUAACACCAUUCGAUUAGUUGAUUGUUUGAAAUGAAUAAAGACAUCUUAACCUUCAA